CCAUCCUAGGAAUGGUUUUAUUAUUAAUGUCGACCGGGAAAUUCCUCACGAAGAAUACGGUAGAGAACGAGAUGGAAAGAAUGAUAUAGGCCUGCUUAGGAUGGCCAGACAGGUGGAGUACACAGAUUUUAUUAGGCCAAUCUGCAUCCUCUUCCGUCAGCAAUUGGAGACACCUCUAUCAUAUAAUGUCACCGGCUGGGGCAGAAACGAACACAAUCAAUGGAGUAGGACCUUGCAAGGGACCACCGUGUACAACACCGAUCGUUCUUUUUGCAUUAAUGAAUUUACUGUGAAUGUUGAUCAAUCGCAGAUAUGUGCCUAUAGCUAUACCAGUGAUACAUGCGGUGGGGAUUCUGGGGGUCCUUUGAGCGCUGAGGUCAGCUAUCGUGGAAUCACAUUGCCCGUCCAGUUUGGAAUUCUUAAUUAUGGAUCACGCCUUUGUAGAAAAGUAGGGAUUAAUGUUUACGCGAAUGUGAUGCACUAUACCGACUGGCUAGAGAGGACUCUGAUGCGGAAUUCAGAUAAUUAAGAGAUGGAUGUAAUGAGUAUAAUUAGGAUAAUAAAACAUCUGUCCAGCAUUGCUAGACGGGGCAAUAAAUUACUUUAAAACAUUUAAUUAACAGAUUUGUUUUAUUCAUAGACAUUAUUCUCCAAUCAUCAAGUUACAUGUGUUUUUUAGGCUCAACCCACAAAUAAAAACAGCGCCUGCGCCUUCGGAAAAGUGGGCGGCGCAAAUU